AGCAUUUCUAAAAAUUGAAACAGAGUCGAUGCUGAAAGUGAAACUUGAACACUUUUCCUCUUCCAAGUUGUUCAGUUGCAAGUUAGUUUUUGCCUCAACAGUGAAAAAUUUUUCCCUAACAAUGACAAAUCCAAACUAAUUGCGAACACAAAGUUUCUCCAAAAAAAGAUCAGUUCUCGAUACAAAACUUGUGAACAAAGUGAAGUUCAAUUCGGAUUAACAAGAGCAAGAGCAAAUAUGAACAGAGAAAAGUUGAAUUAAAACGAAACAAAUGGAAGAUGAAAUGAUGACCAAAGUUGAUGACCAUUUGGAUGUUUGAAUGGUUCAAUUGAAAGGAUCAAAUGGAAAUGUUUCAAUGAUUGAAAAACGAAAUUGGAAUUUAGAUUUUUGUUGAAGAAAAAUGUUGAUCUUUGUGCUGUGCAAUUGACUAAUCAAGUUAAUCAUGAGAGUUGAACCUUGGGUUGAAUUUUAUUUUUACGGUGUUUUGUUGACUUCAAUGUGCUUGUUUGGCAUCUCGGCCAAUACGGUAACACUGUUCAUCUUGAAUGCCUUCAAUGAGAUGAGACGUCAACCCAUCAAUGUUUACCUAACAGUCUUGGCCAUCUAUGAUAACGGAGUGUUAAUCAAUGCACUUUUAAUGCUCGGCAUUCCCGCUUUGGUAACCAACAGUAAACACAAUCCAAGUGAUUAUCUUCCAUCCGUUUUUCCAUCACUCGACUCAUCUUCACCUUCAUCUAUAUCACCUGUAAAUUCACUUCAUCCCUCAUCUUCAUCUUCGCCUUUAUCAUCAUCUUUUUCUACCUCAUCUUCACCUUUACCAGUCUCACCACAUUUGUCUUCCUCAUUACCAAAUCAACUGUCAUCUGUAAAUUUACCAUCAAGUGAAUCAAGUGAACUUGAAAAAAGUCAAUCAACUGAUGGAUCAACUGAUUCAAUGAGAUUAACUGACAAUACAUUUGAUUACACAUCAACCGACUAUCUGAAUCGUCUUCAAUCCCUAGACCCUUACAGUGUUAACCUGACUUUAAUGAAUAAAUCACACUCUUGGACCCCAACCGAGUUGAUCAACUUGAACCCAAGCUCCAUCGAUCCUCCCUUGCUCUUCGACCUAUCCCUUGCCCACGGUUACUCCAACCCAGAAGACUUGCCACCUCUAGUGAUUCCACCAAUUUCCCAUUCAACACCAACCAACCAUCAUCACCAUCAACACAGCCUUCCACCCUCACCAGGCUACAGCACGGAACUACCCGAUGACCCGUUAAACUACUAUGUAACCUUUGUCUAUCCAUUGGCUUUAAUCUCUCAAACGGGUUCCAUUUGGACCACUUGUUUGAUAACCGCUGAACGUUACUUUGCCGUUUGCCAUCCAUUUCGAAUUCGAACCUUUUCCAAUCGUAAUCGAGCCAUUUGGGCAGUCGUUUUUCUCUCCCUGGGCGCCUUUCUGUACAAUAUUCCGCGUUUCAUUGAGAUUGAGGUAAUCACUUCACCUGAAGGCAUUCGCUCUGUUCGCCAAACGGCACUCAGACAAAAUCGCCUCUACUAUUGGUUAUACUACAUUUGCCUAAACCUGGCUCUUCUCUACAUCAUCCCAUUGUCCCUCUUGACUGCUCUCAACACUGAAAUAUACAAAGCUGUUCGCCGAGCUUCCCGUAAUCGAGCCACCCUCACCAAUCAGGAAGAAACUGAGCUCAACAUUGCAUCCAUGUUGGUACUUUUGGUGUCCAUUUUCAUUGCCUGUAAUGCACCCGCUUUUGUUGUCAACUGUAUGGAGUUUUUCAAUGCUCCAGGCUAUGAGAUGGCAACCAUCUUUUCAAAUCUACUCGUUUGCCUCAAUUCAUCAAUUAAUUUUGUCAUUUAUUGUAUUUUUGGGAAAAAGUUUCGCAAAAAGCUAAGCCAAGUAUUUCACUGCUCAAAAUUGGCCCAUCAAGACAGGUUAGCCAAUAGUUACCAGGCUAGGGUCAAUGUUACAACUACAGCUUUAAAUGCCAAUCUAAUUGUAAAAAAUACUGUUAAUGAUGAACAAAACAAUAGUAAUAAUGUUAAUUUAGUAAACAACAUUUCAAUUGCAACAACCAAUUCAAUGCACGCUAUUAAUGAGACUUAUGUUUGAUUCGACAAGAAAUUAAAAACUAUUCAAAUGAUUAUUUAUAAAUAAAUACAAUUAAACCUCUUUUUUUCAAA